GCAGGUACGGUGUCACUGUACUGAUGUGUGGAAAUGGUGAACCAGUGAUCUUGUCCACUCGGAAAGAUUCGGAGGAAUCAAGUUGUGGCAACUUGCGUCAUUGUGAUGAAUGCUGAAGCCAUCACAAGUGGGCCGGUCUAGCACCUAGCCUUCGCCAAUGGUAUCGCAGAACUACCUGUGGGCGGUGGACAACUGUGGCCACAUCCACACUUUGUCCACCACCUUUCAGCUGUGGCAGCGGAGAAGCCAUGCCUCCGAUGGUCACUUGGUGGAGUUUAAGAAGGUGACCGCCAGCAAGCACUGUGCUUGGGCAUUAGGUUGUGACCAAGAGCUGUAUGUUUUCAUGUACCCCAGUGAUGUACCAAUCAGAUGUCUGGAAUAUACUUACGAAAAUCAGAGGUGGAACCCAGUGCAUGGCUUCUCUCAGAAGGGUCUCUUUCCAACGGAUCGUGAUGGUUGGUCUGACGAGAAGGGUGUUCGCUCCUUACCCAAACCUCUGGAUAUCCAGCUGCCCUCCAAACACUGGGUGUGGGAGUAUGAAUGGCAUGUGGAUGAAAGUAUCAAGGGCAAGCGCACAGGCAAAGGGGGAUGGCAGUAUGCAGUCAAUUUCAAUGCCAGAGAAAAUUUCACUGCAGAGAAACACUGGAACUCUUGCGUUCGUCGGAGAAAAUGGAUCCGUUAUCGGAAGUUCAAAGCAACAGGUGUAUGGGCAGUGAUACCUAGUCUGUUCCCUGAUGCCUUAGAGGAACCUUUCCAUGACAUCGCCAUUGGGGGAGGUGAGCUCCCUGGUCAACCUGAGGGAUACUUGUCUGUCUGGACCAUCACAGCUCUUGGCAAGGUUUAUUGUCGCACCGAAGUCAACUUGAAAUGUCCAGAAGGGAUAGACUGGAAGGCGAUUAAGACUCCUGAGGAUAAAGGUUUAGUGCAUAUAUCAGUGGGACCUACUGGUGUUGUAUGGGGUGUAACGUGGGAUGGUCUAGGGAUAGUCAGGACUGGAGUAUCCAGAGAUCAUCCGCUAGGAAUUGGUUGGCAAUAUGUGGCUCCACCUGAAGAAGCUGGGCUAGGUCAGGUUGCUGUCGGUUUCAAUGCUGUCUGGGCAAUUAGUAGAGAUAACAAGGUUUGGUUUCGUCAGGGUUUUGAAGCACUCAAGGCGUUAGUGGACACCGAUGCAUGCAAGGGUACCAGCUGGGUGGAGAUGGUUGGCCAGAUGGCUGCCAUAUCUGUAGGACCCAAUGAUCAGGUGUGGGCUUUAGGCUUUGUUGACCGGCAGAUUUUCUUCCGUGCUGGAGUGACCCAGGAGGAACUGUGUGGUAGAACUUGGAAGCUGAUUGAUGUUCAUGAACGCCAUAGAAGUUCCAGUGGUGGUAGUUAUAUGUAUGAAAUCAAUAGCCUUCAUGGCAGUAUGUCCUCACUGUCCCUGGGAAGUGAUAACAGCCCAUCCUGGACCGGCAAGGAAUCUCCAAUCAACAUGGAUGGUGAUGAGCUACAGCGUACAGCUCGCAGUGUUACCAUGCCUGCCUUGGCUCUAGGUACCAGACCACUCAAGAUGGGAAGUGAGAUGAUUUCCCGUAAUGCUUUGGGGAAAAUAGUCCGGACGAUUGCUAUACAGACCAAUGAGGUUCUAGCACCAGUAACUGCUGACUUGGACAGAGAGGAAAAAAGUGAGAUGAAGGUAGAUUUACAUCCCAUGCUGGUCCGUGCUAAAUGGACUUCAGGCAGUCAAAGCAAAGAUGAAGACAUAGUGAUUUCAAGACAUGUCACACAAAGUAACUUGGAAAUCAACAAAAUAGGGGAACUGAAUAAGAGGAAUAGUAGAGGGAAGUUGAUGUCCAUCAGUGAAUGCAGAAAUGCGGAUAGGAUUGAAAGUAACCCUCUUGGCACCAUGCGGACUGCAUCCAGUGAUCCAUCUCUAAGCAGCUCUGCCGAAGAUAGUGGUUUUUCAUCUGAUCCCUCCAAAGCUUAUUGUGCCCCUCAAGGUAACGGGGUGACGCUAUCACAACUGCAUAAGGAUUACGAGAAGAGAGAGCUAACCCGACAGGAUUCAUACUCUUCCGAUUACUCAGAUACCGUCAUUGAUUUUGUUGGAAGUUUGGAUGAACUACACAGCCCAGAACGCCUAGACACUGAGACCAACAAAGCAACACAAACUGAAGUCAUCACUGAGGACUUACCAGCCACAGAAAGUUUAACAAGUCAGGAAUCACAUUCCCAAAGCAUUGAGGAUUUGAAUAACACUGUUCGUCUAAUGCGUAGGAAUGCUUAUAGGAGUCGAAGUGAAACAUGCCCCAUGCCAGCACCUGUUAUCACUAUUGAUGACGUCGACCCAACAAAUAACUCCCUUUCUACAAAUAAGACCCUCAGGAGCAUCAGCCUGGAGCAAAAUGGAAUCCCAAGUCAAGACAGUCUGUCAUCAGAUGUGUCUAAUGAGGAUCAUUUGACUGUCAGUGGAAUGGAUACCUACCUAGACAGCAGCUUGGCUGAUCUAACGUCUUCUGGUGAAGGUGGAUGUUUACUGUGGGUGUCAGUCAGUGGAGCUGGUUGUAUAAUUGACCCUGUGUCUCCACCCAAGUGGUUUGAUCAAGCUGUGGUCAGCAAUGCCAGUCUGAGGCACAGAUUGAUGGAUGGAUCAUGGAGAUGGAAGAUUCUGGCAUUACUGAAGAGCAGAAGAGAACAAGAGACCAGUGCCUUUAGCAAUAUACCACUGGCUGUAGAAAGGACAUCCUGGGUUAAGGUUGGACGUAUGCAGUGGUACAGUGAAGGAAAACGUAGACAGUGGAUUGACUGUACAGUGGAGUUACAGAAAGGUGUUGAUGGCAUUGGCCUAGAAGAACCUACAUUUACCUGUCAUCAUAACCAGUAUGGUAAAAUUAAGCAAAUACAGUUCCUUUUAAGUGAGAUAACAUGUGUGUUAGAAGUCAACAACUUUGACCGGCCAGCUUUUGCCAUUUACACUGCCAAGCGUGUGCUGGAGCGAAGACCAGUCAAGCUUAGAGUUGGAAAUGACAAAGAACUCCAGGAAUGGGUAUCUGCCCUUAGCUUAGCUUGCUGUGAGAGUCGAGGCAUUAAUGGUCCCCCAUUACCCAACGCUGCCUGGUGUAUCACAUGCCGAGGGGAUAUCUUUGUAUAUGAUACACUGCCCAACAUGGAAACUGCUCCGUCAUCUCUUAUGUUUUGGCGUCAGAUUGGAGGUCACAUGGCAGUGAUUGAGGCCUGUCCAGCUGGAGUGGUGUGGGGUCUAGGGAUGGACAACACACCAUGGGUCCACACAGGAGGAUAUGGUGGAGGCAUCUUCAAAGGUGUCUACAGUGGUAUUGGCUCACAGACUGAUCACAAACAUGUCUGCAUCUAUGAGAUUCAACGAUGGAAUCCACUACUAGGAUUUACUGAUAGGGUGUACCCAGAUGCAGGCUGGACUGAUGAAGCAGGCAAGAUGGAAUGUUCCAAGGAAGCUGUCAAUCCCCCUACGAGGCAUUGGCAAUGGAUAACAGAAUGGCGGGUUGAUUUUACAGUGCCCGGAAGCACAGACAACGAAGGCUGGCAGUACGCCAAAGAAAUCAAAAGUCGUAAAGGUUACCACAAGGAUAAACGAUGGAAUGACUAUGCAAGACGGCGGCGUUGGAUCAGGAAGUGUCAGCUAGUUACAACAGGUCCAUGGCGAGAGAUACCCAAUCUGACCCUCAGUGAUGUCUCAAUGCAACCUGAUGUUGAUGAAGAUUGGGAUGGCCCCAUUGCAUUGUGGGCCAUCGGCUCAAAUGGAGAUGUCUUGACAAGGCUUGGUGUAACCAGACAUUGCCCUGAGGGUUACAGUUGGCUUCAUGUUCCGACGGAUCAAUCCUUCCAGUCCAUUUCUGUAGGGGGUAAUUAUCGUGUCUGGGCCGUUGCUAAGGAUGGCUCUGCAUUCUUCCGCAAUGGAAUCCACGGACAGAACCCAACAGGUGAUGCCUGGUUCCACAUAGCAUUACCAGCCAUUGCUCCGUUGAUUCAGGUAUCAUGUGGGGCUACAGCAGUCUGGGCUGUCGACAGCCAAAUGAAUCUUUGGUUUCGUGAAAACAUCACACCAACAUUCCCUGAAGGAACUCGCUGGAUCCAUGUCAGUAACAAAGUCAGAAAAGUCUCAGUUGGUCCUCAAGAUCAGAUCUGGAUCAUCGCAGAUGAAGUCAAUGGUGCCAAGGGUGUCAUCUGUCGUCGUGAAGGUAUUAACCCCAAGAAACCUACAGGCACUUCCUGGGACAAAGGAGCAGGGGGAGGCAUCAUGUACCUGACAGUUCGGAGCUGUGCAAAAGAAAGGUCACUACAGGUCAAGAUGGCUGACAUUGCCCAAGCCAUGGUCCAAGGUCAGGUAGAAAACACACCUGGCAUCAUACAACCCUACACCAGCUCCAUGGAUAAUGUAUUGUGUUGAUGAGAUGUGAACUCAUCAGAUGUUGAAUUGUUACCUGUACAUGUAAAGCAUGGGGGUCUUGACCACUUCCUGCCAGGCGACCCGUUUUCAAGUACAUAGGCUUUA